AAAAUGUGCUGAUCCCGAGAAUCGUGGGAAGAUAAAAUAAAAUCUAUCAUACAAUCCACCAACCUUCAAAAGUUGAUGAUCCAUUGGGGUUCUUGCGGCUACAAUCCGGUUAACCCUUGACCAACCCCCCCAUCUCUUUGUUCAGGGCCACUUCCUCUUUCACAUCUUCAACAUUGCAUUCAACCAGCAUCCCACUAUGUCGGUCCCUUUGACAUUACGGCGGCAGGCCCUGCGAGCCUUUCCCCCAUUGACCAGGAAACCGCCAACCCUCCACAAACCUCGUUCUGUUCACUCAAUGCCAGUCAUUUCCUUAACGGAAAAAGGGGUCCCGGGACUCUUCUCAGAAAAGGCGUUCAAGACAGCAUGGACAGAUUACCAGAAGCAUCUGGUGGAAAAACUCGGCAGUGUCACAGCAGGCAGGGAGUUCGAUGGAAUGGACACAAUGGAUAUUGCUAUCGCGACAGCCCGACAACCAGAUCAGGCCUCAAUCUUUAAUUAUGCAUCACAAGCCUAUAACAAUCAUUUCUUCUUCCAGAGCUUACGCAGUGAUCAAGAAGAGAUAACCGCCCAAUUCAAAGCCUACGUAAUCUCCACCUUCGUUAGCGUCGAUGCUCUAAAAGCCGAACUCUUCGCGACGGCCAACGCUAUGUUCGGCAAUGGGUACGUUUGGCUCGUUCUGGACCAAGCCGGCAGCCUGCGCAUCCUGUGUACAUACAACGCCGGAACACCCUACGGCGCCUCGUACCGUCGUCAGGACACGGACAUGAACACCGGACUUAGACUCGGCAGCGAGUUGCCGCCCUACACCAGCGCCAUCAGAAACGCGGCCAAGGGGAAGACCGGUGGAUGGGUUUUUCCCGUGCUCAACGUGAAUGUGUGGGAACACGCCUGGCUAGAGGACUUUGGCAUACUUGGGAAGGACAAUUACUUGGAGGCGUGGUGGAAGCAUAUCGAUUGGAUGGUCGUGCAGGAUAGAUUUCCGAAGAAGGGUGUGGCUAGAGCGCCCAUGAAUAAAUAG